AUGGAUGUGAUUGGAAUUGGUGCAGAGAAUUGCAAUGAUGAAGUUACCCAAUACCAAAUGGGCCGAUAUGUUAGUAGUAAUGAAGCAGUUUGGCGAAUAUUUUCUUUUCCCAUUCAUGAGAGACACCCUUCAGUUGUUCAUUUAGCUGUGCAUUUAGAAAAUGGACAAAGAGUGUAUUUUACACCACAGAACGCAGUACAAAGAGCAGCUCAGCCACCUUCUACUACAUUAACCAGUUUCUUUGAGACAUGCCAAAACGAUGAUUUUGCACAAUCAUUGUUAUAUUCUGAAAUGCCAAAAUAUUAUACUUGGAAUAAAUCCUCAAGGAAAUUUAUACGACUGAAACAAGGAAAACCAAUUCAAGAAUACCCAGAUGUAUAUUCCACCGAUGUGAUUGGUCGAAUUUAUUCAGUACAUCCCAUUAAUGAUGAAUGUUUUUAUUUACGACUGCUAUUAGUCAAUGUACGUGGCCCAACAUCAUUCCAACAUUUACGAACUGUUGAUGGUGAAUUGUGUGGAUCCUACAGAGAAGCCUGUCAACGUUUGCAAUUGCUAGAAAAUGACGAUCAUUGGGAUCAAACUCUAAAUGAUGCUGUAAUAUCAUCAAGUGCUCAACAAAUACGAACAUUGUUUUCUAUAAUCAUAUGUACAUGCUACCCAUCAAAGCCAAUAGAUUUGUGGAUCAAGUACAAGGAUCAUAUAUUGUGUGAUGAUAUUUUGUAUCAAAUACGGAAUAGAAUGGGAAAUCUAAAUAUACAAAUCAAUGAAGAAAUUUUUAACGAAGCAUUGAUUUCAAUUGAGGACAUGUGCUUGAUGAUGUCAAACAAACUAUUAAUUCAAUUAGGCCUGAUCGCGCCCAAUCGUACAAUGCAUGAUGUUUUUAACAAAGAGGUGCACCGAGAAAAAACGUAUGAUCUCAACACUUUGAAAGAAUUAAUUCAAAAAAAUCUUCCACUGUUGAAUGAACAACAGAAGUAUGUAUUUGAUACUCUUAUGAAAGUAACAAAUUAUGAUACUGGAGGGAUAUAUUUCUUGGAUGCACCUGGUGGUACAGGAAAAACUUUUUUGAUUUCAUUAAUAUUAGCAACAAUUCGUUCACAAAAUAAAAUUGCACUUGCACUCGCUUCCUCGGGAAUCGCAGCAACUUUGCUUGAAGGUGGUCGAACAGCCCAUUCAGCACUAAAAUUGCCAUUAAAUAUGCAAAGCAAUGAAUUUCAAAGCUGCAACAUUUCGAAGAAAUCUGCAAUGGCAAAAGUUUUGCAGGAAUGUUAA